AUGGGAACAGUGAGCUGUCGGCAGGGGCAACAUGCCCCAGUGGCUGCUUCUCACAAGGGUGGCAACAUCCGGGGUCCCUGGGUCCGAGGCUGGAAGAGCCUCUGGUCAGGUGUGGGGACUACCAGGUCAGGUGUGGAAGAGCUGUGGGGACUACGGGGGCAUCAGUGCCUACACCAGGAGCCCUUGGAGCCGGCCCCAUUGCUAAUAGAGAAGCCUCUGUCUGAGUGGCCAGUGCCUCAGUUCGUCAACCUUUUUCUGCCGGAGUUUCCCAUUAGGCCCCUUAGGGGGCAUCACCAGCUGAAGAUUUUAGGCCUUGUGGCUAAAGGCUCCUUCGGAACGGUCUUCAAGGUGCUAGAUUGUGGCCAGAAAGCAGUAUUUGCAGUGAAGGUGGUGCCCAAGGUAAAGGUCCUACAGAGGGACAUCCUGAGGCAGUGCAAAGAGGAGGUUAGCAUCCAGCAACGGAUCAACCAUCCUUUUGUACACAGUUUGGGGGACAGCUGGCAGGGAAAACGGCACCUCUUCAUUAUGUGCAGCUACUGCAGUACAGAUCUGUACUCCUUGUGGUCCUCUGUUGGCUGCUUUGCUGAGGCCUCCAUCCGCCUCUUUGCCGCUGAACUGGUUCUGGUGCUGUGCUAUCUCCAUGAUUUGGGCAUCAUCCAUCGAGAUGUGAAGAUGGAGAAUAUCCUUCUGGAUGAACGAGGCCAUCUGAAACUGACAGACUUUGGUCUGUCCCGCCACCUGCCCCAGGGAGCCCGCGCCUAUACUAUCUGUGGAACUCUUCAAUACAUGGCCCCAGAGGUCCUGAGUGGAGGGCCUUACAACCAUGCUGCUGAUUGGUGGUCCUUGGGUGUCUUGCUUCUCUCCCUGGCAACUGGGAAGUUCCCAGUGGCUGCAGAGAGAGAUCAUGUGGCCAUGUUGGCAAGUGUGACCCACUAUGAUUCUGAGAUCCCAGCUUCUCUUAACCAGGAGCUCUCACUCCUGCUCCAUGAGCUCUUGUGCCAGAAUCCCCUCCAUCGUCUACGUUACUUGCAUCACUUCCAGGUCCACCCUUUCUUUCGGGGUGUGGCCUUUGACCCAGAGCUCCUACGGAAGCAGCCAGUGAACUUUGUCAUGGAGACAGAAGCUACCCAGCCCAGUUCAUCGGAGUCCAUGCUUUUCAAGGAUUUUGACUGUAACCUGAAGUCCUGCCUGGUCCAUCCCAGCCUUGCUUGAGCCCCUCUACUGUAGAUUGGGGCCCAUCUGGGAACCUGAGGAUUUCCUCCACUGCCAACUCAGUAUGACCACUUUUAUGAUCCAGUUUGUUUUUAAUCUAUAGCCUCUUACCAUUCUGUUCUACUUGUUGGACCAGAGUUCAAAUCUUGGGCAUUCUGCUAUUGGCAGCCACAAUUGGCCCGAUCCCUCCCCACCCCCUAAUCAACAUCUCAGAUCAGAGUGUUGACCUUUUCCUUUGCUUCCUUUCUCCAAUGCUCAUACCCUGAAGCUUUCAGCCAGAGACUUAUUCUGCUUUUCCUGUUCCUUGUCUCUCUGCCACAUUUCCUUUCUUUCUUUUUAUUUAUUUAUUGGAGUGGGGAGACGCAGAAGGAGACAGAAUCUUAAGCAGGCUCCAUGCCCAGUGCAGAGCCUGAUACGGGGCUUAAUCUCACAACCCUGAGAUCAUAAUCUGAGUCAAAAUAAGGAGUCGGAUGCUUAACUGACUGAGCCACCCCAGGCACCCCUGCCAUAUUUGCUUUCUUGAGCAAUAAUGACACUUCAUGGGGUCUCAAGGUGCUAUUUAUGUGUUUUUAAUAGGCUUGUUUCUGGAAGCAGUAUGAAUGUUUUUCAAAGGUCUCAUAAGCUGGCAUUUUAACCCCUAAAUAUGCAGCUAAAACAUACGAUCUUGGGGCUCAGAGCCUGUCUGUAAUAAAUCUAAUUUUUAAAAAUUUCCAAAGUGAAUCUAAUAGCCGAAUGUGAGGAACAGGAACCAAAACAAAUGCGGGUUAAAUGUCUUUUCUAGGGCUGAUUGGUAUAGCUAUUGCAUUAUUUUUUCCAAAACAAAACCUCUUCAAAAGACAAGAUUCUUAAACUGAUCAUUUCCCUAGAUAGCCUAGAAUUCAAUUUCUGAUGGGCCAACCAAGGGAUUAAGAGGCAUGAUGUCAACCUUAAGAUUUAAGGCUAGAUGUACUUCAAGAACCUUUUCCUUUAGUAAGGAAAAUCAUCUGGAUCUUAAAUUUGUAUAUAUUUCUGGCCUUUACUGACUUCUUUUCAUUUUUCUUAAACUAACUUCUCAAAAUUUUAUUUAUUUAUUUAUUUAUUUAUUU